CACAUACCGACGUUCUAUCAUGAGAUAACAUCCCGGUUAACGCCAUUUUCGAACAAAGGCAACCUAACAAGAUUGGCGUUAGUCGUGUCUUGGCCUUGCAAGCGAAAACAGCAGUUGCAAUGAAGUUUUGGAGACACAGUUGGCUAUCUGGGCGUUUUGUUCAGGACAAGGAGACUCCCGGCUAUAGACGAUUCGUGAAUAAUACAACAGACAAAAUACUCAGUGGCAUGCUAGUAGAGCAAAGACAGAGUAUCGAACAGCAGAUGAAAGGCUAUAGGUUUCACUCAAAACUCAACACAAGUCACAUGAAAGACCUUGUGCCGGAGGAAGGGGGUCAGCCUGUGCGAAGCAUCAUUGUCACUACUUGGAGAUCCGGUUCCACGUUUCUUGGGGACAUCCUAAGCAGCCAUCCGGGGACCUUCUACCACUACGAGCCUCUCCACGACUUCGGCAUCAAGCAGAUCCGCUACGGGGAUGACGCGGCCCAGGCGUUGCUCAAUCUGAAACACCUUCUCAACUGCGAGUAUAGCGAAAUGGAGCACUUGAUCAAACACGCCCGAUCCUACACGUGUGUGUUCGAUAAAAACAAAGUCCUGUGGAAUCGGUGUAAGACUUUCCCCGACCUAUGCCGGAAGUCUGAGCUCCUGUCGCCCUUCUGCAGCCUCUUCCCCUUCCAGUCCCUCAAGACUGUCCGACUCAGGCUCAACCUCACAGAGGAACUGCUGGAGGACAAGAAGUUGGGCGUGCGGUUGCUAUUUCUGGUGCGGGAUCCUCGUGGCACCCUGCAGUCUCGUCGGAACAAGGUUUGGUGUUCUGGAAAGAAAGACUGCGACGAUCCUGAGACACUUUGCAAGGAUCUCGUCAGGGACUACAUCACGGCGUCAAUCUUCAGGAGAAAGUUUCCGGAGUCCUUCAGAGCUGUCCGGUAUGAAGACGUUUCGUUCAACGCGUUCAACAAGACGAAGGAACUUUUGGAUUUCUUCCGCCUUGACUUCCACCCCAACAUUCAGAAAUUCCUGCAGACGCACACCAGCCGCAACAAGGGCAACGCCUUCAGCACCUUCCGCGACUCGAAGAAGGCCCCCGUGCACUGGCAGAAGGAGAUGCCCUGGAAGAAGGCACAGCGGAUUCAGGGCGUGUGUGGCAAGGCCCUUCGACUGUGGGGCUACGAGAUAGCUCAGAGCGAGGAACACCUUCGCUCCUUUAUGCCUGUCGGCCCCCUAGAGUUACUUUGAUGGGGCCUCUCUCUUGUCUCUUCUCUCUUCUCUCUUCUCUCUUCUCUCUUCUCUCUUCUUUCUUCUUUCUUCUUUCUUCUUUCUUCUUUCUUCUUUCUUCUUUCUUCUCUUCUCUUCUCUUCUCUUCUCUUCUCUUCUCUUCUCUCCUCUCUUCUUUCUUCUUUCUUCCCUUUCUCUCUUCUCUCUUCUCUCUUCUCUCUUCUCUCUUCUCUCUUCGUCCAGGAACGUGACGUUGUAUGUGUAGAAGAGCCGUAUAGGGGAGGGUGGACGAAACGAGAGCGUAAAUGCGCAAGUGUAUAGAAGUUACCAUAUCAAGGUUCAAGGGUUAACACUGCGGUUAGCGUGGUUAUGUCCGAGAUGGAGUGCGCGUCGACUUGAAGCCGAUAGAAGGUAUACAUUUAUGGACUUUGGGCUUGUAUGUCCAUCUAAGAAUCUUGGAAAAUAAUCUGACAAGUUACGCUAAAGGAAUCCUUCAUUAUCGGGUACUUUAUCCCCUUAUUCGCUUACGUUUUUUUUUAAAUCCAUCUCUAUCUUACUCUUCAUUUAUAUUAUUCUUGUCAUUCAGCAUUGAUUCUCCAUAGAAAUGUCGUCAGUAUUCAGGUUAUAUAUCUUUAAUCUAUUAUUAUAACUUAUUAUUUUAAGUGCAGUGAUAAAAGCCUUUAGAAGUUAAGGGAAUACAUAAAGAGAUCUCAAAAUAAAGUUAUUUUACAUUCAUUUCAUAAAACAAGAAAUAAAACAGAAACAAUAUAAAACUACCACAAAAGGAGCGCAUCGCCUUAUUAGAAACUUAAGAAAAGAAACAAAGACGCCGUUUUACCGCCUUAGCUCGAUUCCUUGAACCACAAGGAACCAAAAAGAACCAUCUCUCUACUUCCAAUGCCGGCUGAGAGAUGCCCCCCCCCCCAUGACCUGGCUAUUCGGGAUAUAUAUAGAGCUCCUCGGCAAGAAAGCCUAAAAAUGUGGUAAAUCUAAAGUUAAACAAGGUUGAGGCGGUAUUCUUCGUCAAGAGAGGGCGGUGUCUUCUCCUCUACCAAAUACCAGUGAUUUUAUUUAAAACAAAAGCUUGCUCGUAAAAUGUUUAUUAAAAGAUAACUGAACAAUGUUAAAGCUAUAUAAUAAUAUGUAUAAAUAUACGAGUUACUAAUUUCAGAAAGGCAGAAUGUGCUCUUAUAUGCGGGAAAUUUUAAAGAAAACUAGAAUAAAAUUCACAAAACACAAUAUAAUUAUAAUAAUAGUACAUGAAAAAGUCCAUUUGCCACUGCACUUGAUUUUUCCCACAGCUUCCUGGAAGCUCUCAGCGACCGGCAUUGAACAGCCUCGUGUUUUAUUGAGGGGUAACUUGAAAAUUCUCUCCACCUUUAGUGUGGCGGGGGCUCGUUCCACUGUUCUCGUGGGGCGUGGCAGCUCGUCUUCCUGGCAGUCUCAUUGGUUGCAAAUGAGGGACGUGUUGGCGAUGGAUGCCGAACAUCGUCGUCAAGCUUGCUACGUCUCUCUUGUGUUCAAGACUGUUGAGGUUCAGCCGAUACUGAUGGGUUCUGUCACCUAUGAUUUUCUUCGCUCUUUUUUGUAUUCUCUCCAAGAUUUUUAGGCUAGUGAUGUUUGCUCCUCCCCACGCGAGACAAGAGUACUCGAGUGAAGAGCGAAUUUAUGCUUUGUAGAGGAGCUCCUUCCCUUCACCGUCCAGCAGCCAGCUGAUUCCUCUCAGGGAUGCAAGUUUCUGCGAAGCCUUCUCGCCAAGCUUUCUAUGUGAUUUUUGUCGAAUGCGAUGCUCAGUACUUCAAUUUCCUCUUGUGGUCUUUUUUUCUCACUGAAGUUAACUUGGAUAUCACGGUUCGUCCUCUUGACAACCAUAAGUUGGGUUUUAUUCGGGGCAAGGGAGACCUGCCAUUUCUCCCCCCCAAGUCGAUAUUUGUGCGAGUCUGUCACUUUUCUAUGUCGGCAUCCUGUUCCCUGGGCCCAUACCAAAUGGAGAAUGUUCCAUCAUCCGCCCAAGAGGGCCCAAUAUGCUUCCUUGAGGGACACCUACCUUGAUGCCGUAGUAAGCAGUGUUUUCCAAUGAGAACUACUCUUAUUUGUCUGUGGAGUAGAUAAUUUUUCAAAAGAGCUUGGAGUUCGCCGUCCACUCCAAAUGCUUUUAAUUUGCUUAACAAACCUAGGUGCCAUGCCUACCAAAGGCUCCCUCUAUGUUUAGGGCAAGAAUAAAAGUGCGCUGUUCGCGGUCAAGUCUAACUGACCAGUCUGCAGUCAUUUGUAACAGCAGGUCGGCAGCCCUUCCGAGAGCGAUAUUGCCGGGUAGACAGAAGAUGAUUUUUAUUGAGGUGCUUUGCUAGGUGUGAAGAUACUAUUUUUUCAAGUAUCUUGGUGAUGAUUGGGAGCAAGGAGACUGGCCGGUAAUUUUUUUAACUGGAUUUGUCCCCCUUUUUAAGGAUGGGGACAACAUCACUUUGUUUCCAAAGUGUAGGCCAUUUGCAGGAGCUUAAGUAUGUGUUAAAAAUUAACGUGAGAGGAGAUGACAGCUCCUUUGCGCACCUCUGGAGCAGCCGAAGGUUAACACCGUUAGGUUUUCUCGUGUCUACAUUGCGCAGGAGCAUCUCCACUUCUUUCUCACUUGUUGUAAUCCUACUUAUUUUCUCAUUACUUAAGAUGGGAAGUGCGGGUGGUUUUUGCUCAGGAUAUGGAAAUGUUAGUUUACUUGAGAAAUGUCUUGCCAAUGCAUCUGUCUUUUUUUUUGGAGCUUACUACUACUGUUAUCAAGGGUGGGAUACUUUCCUCCUUUGUGUUUCCUUGCUCAUCUUGAACAAUAUCCCACCAUAGUUUACCCUCUUUUAAUUUUUUUGUUUUUGUACUUUUCUCCUAUUGCUGAAUGGCAUACUUCUGCAUAUGUUCCAUUUGUUGUGCAGCCUGUUUAUGGAAUUGCUUGUUUCUGUUCGCAGGAUCUAGGUUUGAUGUUUGCAUUGCAGUUCAAACCAUGGUUGAUCAGAGGGUUUUGAUGAAUAGUUAAAAUGGGGUGCAAAACGAUUUUGUAGCCUCAUUAAAAUAGAGGUGAAGGAAUUAACCUUCCAAUCUAUAUUGCUCUGUUCAAGCCGUAGUCUCCUCCCUAGGUGUUCUUAAGUUAAUCUUUAUUAAAACAGUUUCGUGGUCUGAUGUCCUGACAUAUCCAAGUGGGGCAGACUUUACUGAAUGAGAAGGUAGGUCAGUGACAACUGACGAUCCAGAGCGAUGAGUUGGAAAGUCAACAAAGUUCUGUAGGUCAUGGGCUGCCAUUAUUUCAUCGACAGCUGAUUGUACUCUAUGCUGGUUUAGGUCUCCAAAUAACACAAGCUGAUAGUAGUUACAGGUGGUCAUAAGAUGAUCUAAGUUUUGCAUUAUAAAAUCUUUAAGUAGUGUCCCUCAUGAAGGCAGCUGGCAGCAUCCACAAAGAAUGCCGCAGUGUUUGUUGUCCAUCAGUCUGAAAAGUAUUAGCUCAGUGACGUCUGGUAAAGGAAGAUCUAUUAUCUGUAGCUGCAAGCUUAUUUUGUAACUGAGUGUAAUUCCUCCUCCCUACGUAUUUCUAUCUCUACAUAUCCUGUUUGAUUAUCCUGAAAUACGUGCAUAGUUGGGUGGAACCCUGUCAUCUAGGAAGAUUUCAGCUGCAAAUACAAUGUCGGCCUUCUGUUUAUUUACAAACUGGCAAGUUCUCCAACACUGAUGUGGAAUUAUUUGUAUUUCGCGAUUUUUGCUACUGCCUUGGAAUACCCCUGUCUGUGCAUUAUUGGAGUAUGUAGUUGGCAUAUAUGUCAAGGAAUGGUUUGGUUGAUUUGACUGAAAAUAUUGGUAAGGAUGAAAUCCUGUAUAUGGAGCUGGGAUUGAUGGUAGCCUACAGUGAAUUUGGGCUAUUUAUGACUUUAUUGUGGCCAGAGUUUCCUGCCCAUUGGCUGUGAUAGCAUUCACCAGGUCUUUUUGCCAUUGGUCGGCAAUCAUCUCCCUGCAAAUUUCCUCCGAGUGUAAUUUCUUACUGCAGCAAUUAGUGUUUUAGUUUAAAGCAGUCUACCUGGGUAUGGCUACACACUCUACAUUAAAAAAAUAAAAAAUAAAUAAAUAAAAAAUAAAAAAAAAAUAAAAAAAAACACUCCACAUUCUCCUCUGGGUGUUUUGCCUGGAGUACGGCCUCUCCCAGAAGGAAUCCUGAAGCAUCGGUUUACUCUUAACCGCUGUAAGCUUCGAGGAUGAAUGGUAGGUCUGGAGAUAAGUGCUUGUAGGUUCUUGAGCACGCUCUUUCGAUUGGUAAGGAGCCGCUUCUACCACCUCUUGUUGUCGGUUCUUGAAUGUUGAAAUCACUGAACUCACACCUUUUAAUUUUCUGGCCUUUUCUGAUGCCCGCCAGAUAUACAGUUCUUCGCUUUUUUUUUUUACUUUGUUUUCCCAGUCUUGGUGAAGUUUAUGUGGAAGAGUAGAGUGUUAUUGUGUUUGUCCAUUGCUUUCUUGGGUAACUACCAAGUUGUCGUUCAAAAAAAAAAUGGCUUGCACGAGCGCACUGCGCUUUUCGGAGAAACCAUUGACAGUAGAUGUGAACCUGGAGCAUUGAUCCUUCAUGGAUCCUUCCUCUUCUGCCACCUGUGUUGUCUGAGCACCAGGCUUAGCAGUGUCAUUUUCCUGGAGGAAGGUGACGGGGUCCACAGUGCUAUUUGAUGCUCUCAGUUCUUUUCACAAUGGAAGAGAGGCAUCCGAUGUGGCACAAAUUCGGACAGUUGUCCUGAAGGCAAUUUUCAUCAAUUUUUGCUUCUGCCUGGAUUCUCUUGCCACAGCCAGAACACCACAAUACUGGUCUGUAGCCUGGAAGGUGUGGUCUGUCAAUCCUCCUGUGGAUGGAUGUGUCGACAGAUGGCAUUAUAUUUAAUGUAGUGCCUUUAGUGUUAAGGCAAUCACGAGAGAGACACGAGCAUAAGCAAGACAGCAUGACUUAGACCAGGUCUUGUGAGUUGUAGUAGUGAGCGAUAGGUGGUAUGCGGGCCGCCGGUGGUGGAAGGUGGUGGGCGGUGGGCGACGGGCGGUGGGAGAUGAUUAUUAGGGGAUUAGGAGGCCGGACUUACACAGUCCGGCCUCCUAAUCCCUCCUAAUCCUCAAGAGGAUGAGUUCUCCUCCCGGGUCCACCAAACCUUAACAAUCAAGUAAAAGACCAUAACCCAAAAUUGCCUUCUUGUUCGAUACACCGAUGAAUGAUAAUUUCUCCAUAGUGAUUCUGUAAACAACUUAGAUAAAAAAAAAAAAAAAAAAAAAAAAAAAA